CUUUCGAUUUUGUCAAAUGCGUGUCCAGUAAAAUGCACUGUUGUUAUAGAGACCACAACGUAAUUAACUUUAGCGAAGUUUUACGAGACAGGACGUGCAGAAGAUGGUCUGCAUAAUGACUGUUGGACAAACCUGUGCUCACUGGUGCCUGAACCCCUCAGCAGGACGCCAUGGACAGAGAUUCACCUCAGGCAAGAGGAACAACAGCUCGCUUUACAUGUGAAAAGCUCUCCCUGUUUGAGUCAGAUGGUCGGUCCUUUCCUGAGGGUUUUCUUCUCCUGCACCCUCUGCUGUCUGACCCAUCACAUGAUUGGCCUGCUGUCCUGAGCCGCAAUCUCAUUAUCCCUGGCCCCACAACCUCCAGAUAAACACUCACUCACUAAGCCGAGUCUGACCAUAUCUAAUAGAUUUAUAGUCGUCAUGUAUCCUAAACAAUAAUCCAUUUGCAAGAACAAAUCACAGAUAUCUCUUUUUGAGAGCUCGUGCAUCUUGCAUGGCACACUUUCUUCAAGCUUUGCCUAAUUAGGAGGGUUGUGGCAUGAUUGAGACAGACAGAAUGUCCUCUUCAAUCGCCGGCUCCGCUGCUGAUGUGGCUGUUAAUGUCUGUCCGAGUUAUGGAACUGCAUAUGAUCCAGCAGCUUUACACAACACACGGCGCCUUAGCUCUUCGUCUGGCCCCAAACCUCCAGACUAACGUUCAGUCAUGCUCAUCGAGACUGCAGAUCUAUUGUUCUUUCCUCAGCAGCUCCAGUCGCUCUCACUCUCCCCCGCCUUCCCUCCAUUCUCUCUGCUGGAUAAUUCCCAUGAUAUGUUCUUGCCAUUGGCGUGGGGCGUACCAUUCUCAGCGAGGGACUGCCUGCUAGGUUGAGGAGAUUCGGGGUGCCCCAUAGACCCCUAGGUUCCUCCGAUGAACCCCAUCAACUCCAUGAAACCUGCCCUGCCUCCAACGCCACACAGUGACGCCUCUUACCCAUAUGAUCCUGUCCCCUGGCAGCAAGGCCCCAAUCAGCCUGCCGGCUCCCUCUCUGUGGUAACCACAGUGUGGGGGGUAACCAAUCCUUCACCGAGCCAGGUUUUUGGUGCUCCCAUGGGUCCAGGCGGAAACUCAGCCGGUGGUCACAUGAUGCCUGGCAACAGCCCGGGAAUGAACUCCCCGCAGUUCAUGAGCCAGCAGGGCUACCCCGAGCCCAACAAGGGCUACAUGCAGCAGGGCAUGUACGGCCGGCCCAGCGGGGGAUACCCAGCCGGACCUGGAUACGGGGGCAGUUACCCCAAUAACGGAGGGGGUUCCCUCGGGAUGCCGCCCCAUGGAGUUCGUCCGCCCACCGACUUCACCCAAGCGGCUGCCGCUGCUGCCGUGGCCGCCGCCGCAGCCACGGCGACAGCAACCGCCACGGCAACAGUCGCUGCGAUACAGGAGAAGCAAAACCAGGAGCUGAACUACGGCCAGAUGGGUGGCGCUUCCUCUUACAACACCCAGUUCCUGUCGCACUCUGGACCCCGUGGGCCGCCCGGCAUGGCCCCCUCCGGGAUGGUCGGCUCCAGACCUCCUUCCAUGGGACCCAUGUACACACAGCAGGGCCAGAGGUUGCCCCAGCAUCCCGUCUACACAGGAGGCCAGCAGGGUCCUCCACGCCACCAGCAGGGCUUGAAACGCCCCUACAACUCGGAUGGAUUUCCAGGACAGCAGUACGGUCCCGGUAUGGGAGCUGGGAGCCCGUACCCAGGCCAGCCCAUGCAGUACCACCCUGGGCCACAGCGGUCCGCUCCUUCCCCGUCUUACCCAACACACCGAAUGCCCCUCCAGCAACCCAAUAUGGGCCAGUAUCCUGCAGGACCAGGAAACCCCAGCCAGUACUACAAGGCGGACCAGUUUAACGGACAGGGCAACAGCCACAACAGCCUGUCCUCGGGAGUGACGGGCGCUGGGUACACCACCUUCAACCAGGCCACCGUCAACGGGCCUGGACGUGCGAUGCCAGGAUAUCCCAGCUCUCCUCUCCCAGGAAACCCCACUCCUCCCAUGACCCCCGGCAGUUCGAUUCCGUACAUGUCCCCCGGUCAAGACGUCAAAUCGCCCUUCCUCCAUGACGUCAAACCCAAUAUCAACUCUCUGCAGCCCCCUACAGGAAACCCCAGUGAUGACCUGCGUCUGACCUUCCCUGUACGGGACGGGGUGGUGUUGGAGCCCUUCAGAUUGGAGCACAACCUGGCCGUCAGCAACCACGUCUUCCAGCUGCGAGACUCCGUGUAUAAGACUCUUAUGAUGAGGCCUGAUCUGGAGCUGCAGUUUAAGUGCUAUCACCACGAAGACCGGCAGAUGAACACCAACUGGCCGGCGUCGGUGCAGGUGAGCGUCAACGCCACGCCUCUCACCAUCGAGCGCGGGGACAACAAGACCUCCCACAAACCCCUUUACCUGAAGCAUGUGUGCCAGCCAGGACGCAACACCAUCCAGAUAACGGUCACAGCCUGCUGCUGUUCUCAUCUGUUCGUGCUGCAGCUGGUUCACAGGCCGUCGGUGCGCUCUGUGCUUCAGGGUCUGAUGAAGAAGAGGCUCCUGCCAGCGGAGCACUGUGUCACUAAGAUUAAGAGGAACUUCAGUAGCGGUACCAUCCCAGGAACUCCCGGCCUUAACGGCGAGGACGGCGUGGAACAGACGGCCAUCAAGGUCUCGCUCAAGUGUCCGAUCACCUUCCGGCGCAUCCAGCUUCCUGCCAGGGGCCACGACUGCAGACACAUACAGUGCUUUGACCUGGAAUCGUACCUGCAGCUCAACUGUGAGAGAGGAACUUGGCGUUGUCCUGUGUGCAAUAAAACAGCUCUUCUGGAGGGACUAGAAGUGGACCAGUACAUGUUGGGCAUUCUGAUCUAUAUCCAGAAUUCGGACUAUGAGGAGAUCACCAUUGAUCCGGUGUGCAGCUGGAAGCCAGUCCCGGUGAAACCAGACCUGCAUAUUAAAGAGGACCCAGACGGCCCUGCCCUGAAACGCUGUCGCACCCUGAGCCCUAGUCAUAUGAUCUUGCCCAGCGUCAUGGAGAUGAUUGCAGCUUUGGGCCCGGCCUCCUCGCCCUACCAGUCUCUGCCACAAGGUGGCAGCAGCAGCACGCCUGAUUAUCCCAGCCAAGGUGGCUCAGGAUACUCCAACCAACCAGGCUUUUCGGACUUUCCCAAUGCCCCUGGCACACCGACCCUUGGGGAGUUUUCCUCCGGGCCGCCCCCACUGUCCUACCAGUCUGACCUGCCGAGUGGGCUCCUUACCCCAGAAAAACCUGUGGGACACCCGAUGUCAGGACAGGUGGGCUUUCCUAUGUCCCACUCUAGCCGCAUGGACCCUUCCCACAAUCCCCUUCAACAGCAGCAGCAACAGCAGCAUCAAGCUCUCCAUGGUAACUCGGGCAUGGGUGGCCCCGGUGGACCCAUGCACUCCCGCAACUCCUCCCAGAAUCCCCGGAUGCACACAGACAGCUUUGGGCUGGGGGGCCCCGGGGGGCCUGGUGACGUUCCAGAGCCGCCACUUGAUCUUCUCCCAGAGCUGACAAACCCAGAUGAGCUGCUGUCCUACUUGGGUCCUCCCGACCUUCCCAACAACAGUAACGAUGACCUGCUCUCUCUGUUUGAGAGCAACUGAGCCCCUUCUCCCUUCUUAUUCAUCACCGUCCAACAGACAGCCUCCCCGAUCCCGCACACUCCCGGCUCGUCGAGGGGAGGUCUGGAAAGCGUAACAGAUAUCCGAUUGCGUCUUUGCACUGUUUCCUUCUGAGACUGGAAUGCAGUGACUCAUGGGAAGGUGCAACGAAGAUCUUUUUUCUUUUCUUUUUUUUCUUCCUCCUGUGACAAUGUUAUUGUUCGUCUGCUUCUCUGAACUCUGUCGAGACUUUAUUGUGAAUUUCAGUUUUGAAAGAAUUCCUGCUCUCUCGAAUCACUUGUAGAAAGACGCCUCAUCUCACAUCAGACUCGUGUGGUGUAAAUGACAUUCUGUGUGUGUGUGUGUGUGGAGGGGGGGCGGGGUCAAGUCAUUGUUUGUUUUUCAUUGCAGCUCCUGUUUUAAAUCGAAAUUAGAUGAGGGACUACUUCAGAAAUAACACGGGGAAAGCCAAAGUGUCUCACUUCUGUUGUAACUUGAAAAGCAAACAUGGCUAAACUUAAUUCUCUUAAUAAACAGGCAGGCUUAAGUUUUAUUUCUUCUUUUUUUUAAUUUUUCCUCCCAAAGAUAACCACAAAGCUAGCUCUAUGUGAUUUAACAUGGUUUUAAACCACAAAUGACUUAAUCCUAAAUGUACUUGACUUGAGACCUCAAGUGUAGCCUUUUUUUCCUUUUAAACAUGCUAAUAGAGGCAAUAACGAUGUGUCCGACCUUAAAAAGUAGCAUGAAAGAAGUGCACUAUGACAUUUUGCACAACACGUGUCUGCCAGCACACGAAGGAAAAGGCAAAGAAUCAGUAACCUUUUGUGACACACACACAAAUACGUUCACGCACACCUCAAGCCACACUGUGUGUGUGUGUGUGUGUGUGUGUAUUUUGGCACAAACUCAUGCCAAUAGACCAACUUAAUGCCACACCCUGCUCUAUGUUUUUGUCUGUCUCGUUAGUUUUUUUCCCCUCUGUUCUUUUUAAAAACGGUCUUCCUCCCCUGUGGAUUUUGAGGCCACGAUGUAUGUGGAUGUCUACCAUUACAAGAAAGGACUAGUAUCCCUGAUCGUCGUUGGCUCAGAUCACACCCUCACUUGCAGACGCAUUUCACUCGCCCUUAAAUAUGCAAGUUUGGGCUGUUAUUUGGUAGAAAACGAGUUUUCUUUGUCAACAAAUUGUGUGAAACCAUACAGAGCACAAGCAGCCCAGUAGCACCUUGUUGACAGGUUACAAAACACAAAAAUGCACACGAGGAGUCACAAACAGGGCGUUUUUUUUUUUUAUUGUUUUUUUUUUUGGACACAUACCUUCCCGUAGUGAGAUUUUGCUUGGACAAAUCUGGGUGGGUGGGAGCGUCACAACAGGUAAUGGACUAAUGUUUAUAGCCGCACUCAUAAUUGAGAAGGAAAACAUUGGGAUUCAUGUGAAAUAUGUACAGAUAUAGUAUUAUUAUUGUCGCAGAUGUGAACUUUCUCUUAACCCCAUGAUAUGGAAAAAAAGAACAUUUGAAACACUAUGACAAGAGCUCAUGUCAGACAUGCGCUUCAUUCCCCCCGUUUUCCAUUCAGCGCUCGCUUUCUCAGCAGAGAAACCGUGGAGGGGAGAUGAGUCUGCUGUCGGUUCCUGUCUUGUCCGAUUUUAUUAUUUAUCAUCGCUCUUUGGGCACCGUUAGCGAAGUGCAGUUUGUAUAUUAUCAAUACAGGGAGCAUCAUGAGUCGACGGAUGUGCUUUUGUUCUUUUUUCCGUUUGUUUGAAGUCAUUUGUGUAUCAUACAAUUUUAUCUUUGAUUAUAUAAUAAUUGUUAUUAUAAUUAUAAAGAUAAUUGAUGGGCCUGUAUGCAUCUCUCUCUCUCUCUCUCUCUUCUGUGUUAACUAGCAGAGUUUAUGAAUUUGUUAGAAAGAGAAAAAAAAAGAAUUCAUCAAAAUCUGUGACCAUAAUCAUGAAAAACUGAGAAACCAGCAUCACUUGUUGAUCAAACUGUUGAAAAAGAUGUUUGACUGUCAUGUGUUGGUGGAUCAUUAAGUUCUAUCAAUUGAAUUAAACAUGUACAAUUGAAAUCGAUUUGUUUUUCUAAAGAUGUGAAAUAUUUCCAUUAUGUUUUAUAAGUAAAGAGUUAAGCCCCA